AUGGGUUUCGGCGCCGACUGCUCGAGUGUGACUCCUUCCCGGAGCACAUCGCCUUCAACUUCACCCCGCACCUCGCUCGACUUCACCUCUGCCAGCGAGGACCGAAGCAGCGGCGACUGGACCCAGAACGACGACAUCUUCAGCCUUGGCGACUACCUCAUCUGCACCCGACACCUGCUGGGCCGUGGAUCUUUCGGUGAGGUCAAGCUGGGCUUCCACCGCCCCACCGGCCGGCGAGUAGCGGUGAAGAUCAUCAACAAGGCGCAGCUCAGCCCCGAGAAGAGGCAGGAGGUCGACCGUGAGAUCGAAAUUCUGAAGAAGGUGGGCAUCCACCCGUGCAUCGUUUCCCUCCACGACGUGGCCGAGGACGAGUCCUUCAUCUACAUGUUCUUCGAGUACGUCGCCAGCGACCUCCUCCGAUUCCUCAAGCAGCACGGCCGCCUCGACGAGCCUGUCGUCUACCGCAUCUUCUCUCAGCUCGUCGAGGCCGUCUCGUACCUCCAUGCCAACGGCAUCGUCCACAGGGACAUCAAGAUCGAGAACAUCCUCAUAGAUGAAGCGUCGCUCUCGGUCAAGCUGUGCGACUUCGGCUUCGCCACCUACUACACGCCCACGACGCGCUUCGAGAAGUGGUGCGGCAGCCCGCACACCGUGGCGCCCGAGAUCAUCCAGCGAAUCCCCUACUCCGGCCCCAAGGUCGACGUGUGGUCGCUCGGCUCGGUCCUGUACACUAUGAUUUGCGCCUUCUUCCCCUUCCAAGCUACCGUUCCCAAGGACGUGCUCAAGAGGACCGUACUCGGCAAGUUUCACGCUUUCCCCGGCGGCUGUGGCUCGCGUGCCACCCACGACCUUAUCUCGAGGUGCCUCACGAUCGAUACUGAAAAGAGAAUCACACUCGAUCACGUGCGCCAGCACCCCUUCUUCUGGAAGCACGAGAAGAUCGGGGCGGAGGCUGUAACGGUCGAGGAGAACGAGUCGGGCGAAGAGGGAACCGUCGAGUGGAGCGACUCCAUGGACGUGAUGACCUGCUGA